ACUAUUUAUAUGGGCCUACCCUAUCAGCCCAUUAUCUAAAGCCUAUAUAAUAAACCUCUGAAGCCCAAUUUGGCCAAUUUUGCAAAUUAGGGUUUUCGUUGAUUUGUGUUCCAUCCACUGAACUACUCAGGAUCUUCGAAUAAUCUCUCACAGCUCUCUCGCUCAAUCGUUCAUGGCGAACACUGCGACAAGAUCUUUUCUGCAAGUGGCGGCUACGGAGGAGGCCACACCGCCGCUCAGAGUCGUCCAGAUCGAAGGACUGGUUAUUUUGAAGAUAAUCAAGCAUUGCAAGGAGUUCUCACCAGCUCUGGUUACUGGGCAGCUUCUUGGUUUGGAUGUUGGUAGUGUUCUCGAAGUCACCAAUUGCUUCCCAUUUCCGAUUCGUGAGGAAGAUGAAGAGAUUGAAGCCGAAGGUGCUAAUUAUCAGCUUGAGAUGAUGAGAUGCCUAAGAGAGGUUAAUGUCGACAACAACACUGUUGGGUGGUAUCAAUCAACUUUGUUUGGCUCUUUCCAGACAGUGGAAUUGAUAGAGACUUUUAUGAAUUACCAGGAAAACAUAAGACGAUGUGUCUGCAUCAUUUAUGAUCCAUCAAGAUCUAAUCAAGGUGUCCUAGCUUUGAAGGCACUGAAGCUUUCUGAUACCUUCAUGGAGCUUUAUCGCACAAAUAACUUUAAAGGGGAGAAGUUGAGAGAGAAAAAUCUUUCCUUUGUGGAUAUCUUUGAAGAGAUUCCUAUUAAGGUUUCAAAUUCUGCUCUAAUCAGUGCAUUUAUGACUGAGCUUGAGGCAGAUACUCCAGUCACCCAGUGUGAUUAUGAUAGAUUGCAAUUAUCAACCAGUCCAAUUUUAGAGAGAAAUGUGGAGUUUCUAAUUGAAUGCAUGGAUGACUUGUCAAUGGAACAACAAAAGUUCCAAUUCUACUACAGGAAUCUGUCUCGUCAAGAAGCACAGAAGCAGGCCUGGCUUCAGAAGAGAAGGGCUGAAAAUGUUGCACGGAAGAAUGCAGGGGAAGAGCCAUUACCUGAGGAGGAUCCUACAAACCCCGUCUUCAAGCCUAUCCCUGAGCCAUCAAGAUUGGAUAGUUUUCUCAUAACAAAUCAAAUUGCAAACUAUUGCAACCAAAUCAAUGGAGUGGCUGGACAAAGCUUUAGCAGACUGUAUCUGAUGAAGGCUCUUCAUGAAAAGUAAACAAAGGCCCACCCGUGUGGCAGGCCAUGGUCUUCUAUCGCCGCUCAUGGUUUUGUAGCUUAGCAGACGGGGCGAGAGUUGGUUCUGCAGCGUGAAGGUUCACCAUUUGGGUUAUUCCUGGCACCGAAUGGUUACAAGAUAGUUUUUUGUGGAUGACAAGGCUAUCCAUGAGGUUAUAGAAUAGGGCACAGCUUGUAACAAUGAAGAUCUUGUCCAUCCAGUAAUUUAUUUCGAUUUUAAGAUUUUGGAUCGAGGUUGCGAAUUCGUGUAUGUAUUCUAUUUUUACGGAAUGAAUGACCUUGUCAACCCAGUCA